AUGGCCUGUGGUCUAAGCUUGUGCUCCACUCGCUAUGGGAUAGCCUUUACCAUGCACAUGUGCAACUUCAUAACGGCGGCACAGUGUACUGUCCUAAACAUCACCAUAGUAGCCAUGGUCAACAGCACGGACCAUCGCUUCCAGUUUAAUGACUCUACCGAGGGGCUGCCUGGUGACUUAUUUGGUGACCCGAAUAACGGCCCAGACAGUCUCCCUGCAGGGGUCCCUGUGUACAACUGGAGCCCUCAGAUUCAGGGCAUCAUCUUUAGUUCUCUCAGCUAUGGCCUGAUACCGAUGCUGUUUCUCAGUGGAUACCUUGCUGGAAGACUAGGAACAAAGAGAGUGGUUGGUGUUUCUUUGUUUGCAACCUCACUUUUCACUGUGUUCGCCCCUCUGGCGGCCGAACUGAGACUAGUUUCCUUCAUUGCAACUCGAAUUGGACAAAGCAUAGGCCAGGAAUCCAUAUUAGGGGGUCAGCAUGCGCUGUGGGAGAAAUGGGGUCCUCCACAUGAACGAAGUCGAAUCUGCUCCAUCAGUUUAUCAGAUUCCCUAGGAAAUUUCCCAUCUUCAGUGCUCCUUGUGGUUCUGCCCUACAUCACCCCCAGCUACAUCACGACAAACCUCUUGAUCCUCUCGUGUGGACUGAGCUCCUUCUGUCACUCAGGGAUCUAUAUCAAUGUCUUAGAUAUUGCUCCAAGACAUUCCAGUUUUCUUACAGGAGCCACAAGGGGAUUCAUAUUCAUAGCAGCAAUCCUGACACCAACUGUCAAUGGAUUUCUCCUCGAUCAGGACCCUGAAUUUCGGUGGAGAAAUGUCUUCUUGUUGUUAUUUGCCAUUAACCUAUCAGGACUGAUCACCUACCUUAUAUUUGGAGAAGCAGUUAUCCAAGACUGGGCUAAAGAGAGGAAACUCACUCGUUUAUGAAGUUAUCCUACCUUGCUAUGAUGGAAAGUUACUGGACACCUUCCUGCACAAAUGAGAAGACUUUGGUGUUAAAAAUAUCAACAGAAAGAAUUUCUUUUGUCUGGUUUUUUUCAAAUCUGAGAUCAGUUCUUUAUGUUAUUAAGCUUUCUUUCUGAGAAAAAUGUAAGAAGAAUGAAAAUUCCAAUAAAGUGACAGCCAA